AUGUCUGGAGGCGGCAAAGAUCGUAUUGGUGUUUUCCCGUCACGAAUGGCUCAGACAACGAUGAAGACGCGUCUGAGGGCGGCCCAGAAGGGUCACAGCCUUCUGAAGAAGAAAGCAGAUGCAUUGAAUAUUCGCUUUCGUUCAAUCCUCGGCAAGAUUGUUGAGAACAAGAACUUAAUGGGACAAGUGUUGCGUGAGGCUUCAUUUUCGCUGGCAGCGGCAAAAUUUACGGCCGGCGAUUUCUCGCAUACCGUUAUUCAGAAUGUCUCACGUGCGCAGCAUCGUGUUCGUAUGAAGAAGGAAAAUGUCGUCGGUGUUCUUCUGCCAGUGUUCACGACAACUAUUGACGGGCCGGAUGCUUACGAUUUGACCGGUCUGGGAAAGGGUGGCGCAAAUAUUGCCAAGCUUAAGAAGAAUUACAGUCAUGCUGUGGAGUUACUGGUCGAGUUGGCAACCUUGCAGACAUGUUUUAUCACGCUGGAUGAGGCCAUCAAAAUCACCAAUCGC